AACAAACCCGAGGCUUCGUUUUAGCUGAAUGAGAUGAGAUGGGUGGAGCUAUAAACCUUCAUCUGUGAUUCUGUCCUCUGCUUUGUGUAGGACACAAGAAUCCACAGAGAACAGAUCUCCGGUCAGAAUGCCUCCGCCUGGUGUGUGCUUAAACAUCGAGUCCGAGAGGAAUCUCAGGGAUGGAAGAGGAUCUCCCACAUGUCCAGACAGGUUCCUGGGUCAAGAUUUCAGUGAUCUGAAGAGUUACUGUCUGAGAAAGAGACUGAGAUUUGUGGAUAAUUCAUUCCCUCCGGACAUCAGAUCCCUCGGCGUGGGACUCUUGAAGCCUGAGGAAGAGAAGAGAGUCGUGUGGAGGAGACCAGCGGAACUGGCGUCAAGCCCUAUGUACAUAGUCGAGGAGACAUCGAGGUUUGACUUUCUUCAGGGUGUUUUAGGUAACUGCUGGUUUCUGGCGUCUGUCGGAUCUCUGACAUUUCAGAGAGAAAUCAUGAAUCAGGUCAUCCAGUCUGAUCAACGCUUCUCUGUGGAUUAUGCAGGAAUAUUUCACUUCAGAUUCUGGAGAUUUGGUAAAUGGGUUGAUGUUGUGAUUGAUGACAAACUUCCAACUAUCAAUGGAGAGCUCAUCUUUGUUCGGUCCAAAACGCCGCACGAAUUCUGGCCCGCUCUGCUCGAGAAAGCCUAUGCCAAAGUGUGUGGCUCUUAUAUGGAUAUGAACUCGGGAAACAUCUCAGAGGCUUUGAAGGACUUCACCGGUGGACCACACGUCACCUUCAAACUGAGCGAAGCGUCAGAAAAACUCUGGGAUGUCAUGAGACGUGCCGGCCAAUCAAAAUCUUUGAUGGGGUGCAGCACACCUGGAGGGAAAGUGAUAAACAACGAUGUGUUGCCUAACGGUCUGGUGAACAUGCACGCUUACACGGUCACAGGCAUCACAGAGGUCCUGUGUCGAGGUCGACCGGUGAAGUUGGUGAGAAUCUUUAACCCCUGGGGUCGUGGAGAGUGGAAAGGAGACUGGAGCGACAGAUCGCAUUUGUGGAAUCUGCUACGUCCUGAGGAUCAAAAUUACAACAUUGUGCGUGAUAACGGAGAAUUCUGGAUGUCUAUGGAGGAUUUCUGUGGGAAUUUUUCUGAAGUGGAUAUAUGUUGUUCAGACAUGAAUGUGCUCGCUGGAUCUCAUUCCUCUUCAUGGAGAACUGAAGCAUACAGCGGCCAGUGGGUGAUGGAAACGACGGCUGGAGGUUGUCCAAAUCACCCAGACACUUUCCCCAAAAAUCCCCAGUAUCGUGUGACUCUUCAGAAGACUCCAGAAGAUCCCCGAGACACAAACACACCAAACCUGCUCGUGUCUCUUCUGCAGAAACCUCUGCGGGCGCACAGAAACUUGGCAGAACUUUUACACAUCGGCUUUAACAUUUAUGAGGUGCCGCCCCAUCUAAAGGACCUGAGGGAAAAACUUCCUGCCACAUUCCUCAAGACGGCCCGUCCUGUUGGACACGUCCAAAAUUUCCUCAACGCUCGGGAGGUCACAGAGUUUUUCCGACUGAAAGCAGGUGAUUAUGUCAUCAUCCCUUCAACGUUUAUGCCGAACCAAGCUUCAUCCUUCAUCCUGUCAAUCUACUCAGAGACAGAGGCACGGAUCAAAGACAUGUCUGCAUACGGCUUGACAAGAACAAAGAUGAAUACUACAAAUGUUGAUGAAUCCUUCCAGCUCUUUCAACAAUAUGCAGAUAAGUACAGAGAGGUGGAUUCAGAGCAGCUUCAACGUCUUCUGAAUGAAAAUCUUCCCGCAAGAUUCGGCUUGGACUUGUGUAAGAGUGUUGUGGCUCUGAUGGAUCUCUCUGUAACUGGACGACUCAAUGAAUCUGAAUUCCUUCGCCUUUGGAAACGAGCUGUUAUGUUGAAGGACAUCUUUAAUAACAUGGAUGACACAAACACUGGGAGUUUGUCAAUGAAUAAACUACAGAACGCUCUUGAAGCGGCAGGGUUUGGAAUGAGUGACAGCAUGCUCAAUCUCAUGGCUAUGCGUUACGGUUACGCCAAUGGACAGAUCACACUGGAGAACUAUAUAUUCAUGGUGCUGCGCAUUGAGAGCAUGUCCAAAACUUUCAAAAGACUCGCAGCUGGUGAGAAAGGCAUGAUGCUGCAAGAAAGUGAAUGGAUGCAUCUCACCAUGUACUCGUGAGUCCUGUGAGAUCAGGACAAACUGCUGACAUCUCAUUUCUGUUUCUGUUAAUGUUUGAGUUCAGCUUUACCUUCAUACUUGAAACAUUUUGCUUUUGAAGUCAAAUUUAUUUGAAGUAGAUUUUUAUGUAUUGUUGUGGAGGCUCCAGAUGAAACACAACAAUUUUAUUUAGGUUAACUGAUGGUUUACAAUUUUGGCAAAAGUCAAUUCUCAAAUGCUUGCACUAUUAAAUGAAAGUUUUAUUUCA